ACACCGCUUUAUUGUUUGAGCGGCAUGGCGGACACUACUAAAGUACCGGAAGUCCGAGAGAUAACGCGCAUAGAGCGUAUCGGUGCGCAUUCGCACAUUCGAGGAUUAGGACUAGACGAUGCGUUAGAAGCAAGGCAGGUUUCGCAGGGAAUGGUCGGCCAGUGCAAGGCUAGGCGAGCGGUCGGACUCAUCCUAGAAAUGAUAAAGGAUGGAAAGAUAGCUGGGAGAGCACUUCUACUGGCUGGUAGACCAGGAACUGGGAAAACUGCGAUAGCUAUGGGACUUGCGCAAGCACUUGGACAAGACACUCCAUUUACCGCCAUGACCGGGAGUGAGAUAUUCUCGCUCGACAUGUGCAAAACGGAAGCACUGUGUCAAGCCUUCCGCAAGUCCAUCGGAGUGCGCAUCAAGGAGGAGACUGAAAUUAUAGAAGGCGAAGUGGUAGAGAUACAGAUCGACAGACCUGCAACUGGAACAGGGCAGAAAGUGGGCAAGCUCACACUGAAGACGACAGAGAUGGAGACCAUCUAUGAUCUCGGAACAAAGAUGAUCGAGUCACUGACUAAGGAGAAAGUUCAGGCUGGAGACAUCAUUACUAUUGACAAGGCUACUGGCAAAAUCUCCAAACUGGGACGUUCAUUUACGAGAGCAAGAGACUACGAUGCUAUGGGAGCUCAGACGAAGUUUGUCCAGUGUCCCGAGGGAGAGCUGCAGAAGCGGAAGGAGGUGGUACACACCGUCACUCUUCACGAGAUCGACGUCAUCAACAGUCGAACCCAAGGCUUCCUCGCUUUGUUCUCGGGAGACACGGGGGAGAUCAAGUCUGAGGUUAGAGAACAGAUCAACGCUAAGGUCGCUGAGUGGAGAGAAGAGGGCAAGGCAGAAAUCGUGCCAGGGGUUCUGUUUGUGGACGAGGUACACAUGCUGGACAUCGAGUGCUUCUCCUACCUCAACCGAGCGCUGGAGAGCGACAUGGCACCCGUUCUCAUCAUGGCGACGAACCGAGGAAUCACGAGGAUUCGAGGUACGAACUACCAGAGCCCACACGGCAUGCCGAUAGACCUACUAGAUAGACUCAUCAUCGUUCACACACAACCAUAUGACGAGAAGGAGACCAAACAGAUCUUGAGGAUCAGAUGCGAGGAGGAGGACGUUGAGAUCUGUGACGACGCGCUGACGGUGCUAACGCGCAUCGGCAUGGAGACGUCGCUGCGCUACGCGAUACAGCUCAUCACGACAGCCAACCUCGUCAGCCGCAAGCGCAAGGCCACCGAGGUCAACAUGGACGACAUCAAGCGUGUGUACUCGCUUUUCCUCGACGAAUCCCGAUCGUCGCAGUUUCUCAAGGAGUAUCAGGAAGAAUUUAUGUUCAACGAAAUGGCGAGCAACGAUAACGAUUCCGUGGAGCCCGCAAACGAGAACGACAACAUGGAGACAGUGUAGACGAUGGAAGAGAGAACGGUUUCCUGAGUGCACGUCUGUCUGCCUGGGAUUACUAUAUAUUGCAUCCUAGUAAAUAUCAAAUGUUUGUAUAGUGGA